GAGUGAGCAAGGAGUGUAUACCACAGACGACGGCAGAGGAUUGGAAACGCAACAUUGGCGAGUUUUGAGCGGGGAAUACACUGACAACCAGGGGAGUCCACAAUGACUUGGGGAACGGAGCUUUGGGACCAGUUUGAAAACCUUGACAAGCAUACUCAAUGGGGGAUCGACUUCUUAGAGAGGUAUGCAAAGUUUGUCAAGGAAAGGCUGGAGAUUGAACAGACCUAUGCAAAACAGUUAAGGAACCUGGUUAAGAAGUACUGUCCCAAGCGCUCCAAAGAUGAUGAACCUAGGUUCUCGUCGUGCGUGUCCUACUACUCCAUCCUGAAUGAGCUGAAUGACUACGCGGGGCAGAGGGAGAUAGUGGCCGAGGAGAUGGGACAGGAUGUGUACGGAGAGCUGAUGAGGUAUUCACAGGACCUCAAGUCCGAGAGGAAACACCACCUCCAGGAGGGCAGGAAGGCCCAGCAGUAUCUGGACCAGUGUUGGAAACAUAUGGACAAUAGCAAGAAGAAGUUUGAGCGGGAGUGCAAGGAGGCAGAGAAAUCACAGAUCAGCUACGACCGGUUAGACAACGACAUCAACGCCACCAAGUCAGAGGUAGAAAAGGCAAAGUCCCAGUUGUACCUGCGCACACACUCAGCAGACGAGAGUAAGAACGAGUACGCUGCUCAGCUGCAGAACUUUAACGGGGAACAGUGGAAACAUUUCAAUGUGGCCAUUCCACAGAUAUUCAAGAACCUGCAGGACAUGGACGAGAGGCGGACAGUGAAGCUGGGAGAGACGUACCGGAGCUUUGCCGACGUGGAGCGCAGAGUCAUCCCCAUCAUCUCCAAGUGUCUGGAGGGCAUGGUGACUGCUGCCAAGGCUGUGGACCAACGCAAGGACUCAGCGAUUGUAGUGGAGUCAUUUAAGUCGGGCUUUGAGCCUCCAGGGGACUUCCCGUUUGAGGACUACAGUCAGAACCUUUCCCGGACGGCCUCAGACAACACCAUCAGCACCCCCAAGAACGAGGGGGUGGUCAAGCCAGACCCCAAACACUCGAUCAGCAAGGCGGCCAAGAACAAACUCUGGCUCUUUGGGAAAAAGCCCAAGAGUCCACUGGCUCCGUCACUGGAGGACUUCAGUCAUCUGCCUCCCGAACAGAGACGCAAGAGGCUGCAGGCUCGGAUCGACGAGCUCAGCAAAGAACUACAGAAAGAGGUGGACCAAAGAGAUGCACUGAACAAGAUGAAGGAUGUGUAUGAGAAGAACCCUCAGAUGGGCGACCCACAGAGCCUCCAGCCCAAGAUCUCUGAGACCAUGUGCAACAUGGAGAAACUGCGCUCCGAGAUCCACAAGAAUGAGAGCUGGCUGUCAGAGGUGGAGGGGAAGGUGAGCACCAGAGGAGAUCGAAGACCCAGUGCCGACAUCAACCAUCACACACCCCAUGGCAGAGAGAGCCCUGAGGGCAGUUACACAGACGACCCCAGCCAGGAGCACCGCAGCCCCCCUCACCAGCCAGACCCCCGACAGGCCCACCAGCCAGACCCCCGACAGGCCCACCAGCCAGACGAGUUUGAUGAUGAAUUUGACAACGACGACCCCCUCCCAGUCCUUGGCCACUGCAAAGCGCUCUACUCCUUUGAUGGUCAGAACGAGGGAACACUGUUGAUGAAGGAGGAUGACGUGCUGUACAUCAUCGAGGAGGACAAGGGCGACGGCUGGACGCGAGCCAGGAAGCAGAGCGGAGAGGAGGGCUAUGUGCCCACGUCCUACGUGGAGAUCGCCAUGGAGAAGAACAGCAAAGGUUCCUGAGUGGAGCAGUGUGGCGAGGUCUUUGGUGGAGGGUACAUGCUGAGUCUGGUGGAGCUAGUGGCAGACGGGGCUUGACUUGGGAGGGGAGGGGGUUGGCAGGUCACAUGUUUGCAUGCACACAUCCAUGGCCAUUAACAUCAUUCCAUAGCAGCGGAGAUUCCUGAGGUGGUAGCUAUGCCUCUGUAGGAGGGGAGUGUUCUUCUAAACUGUGUCUGUCUAUACACAACACAGAGUAACCAAUCCACUGCAGCAUUACAGCAAGAUCAGGGACCAGGGAGGGGGCUUAUAGUUAGCGACUCACAACAUCUUUUAAAAUGAGAGAUAAGCAAUGAAUACACUACUACUACACUACUCCACUAUUACGCACCUCUUAAUGUUGUAUUUCUGCUCUUCAGGCAACGUCCAGCACUAACAGCCUGCCUUGUUGUUGCAUUGUUACAUUCUCAUUCCGUUGUUGGGAAUGUCUGCCUGACUGUGCUACUCGCCUGCGGUCGCCUUACCUUAACGUGCUCCAGCAUGUCUGUAAUAUGAACUGUCAUUACGUCAUACAGGAAGGAAUGCAGCGUCUUGUAUGUAACUCUGUGGUUGCCCCCGUUCGUUCACUUCUAAUCUUCCUGUCUGUCUCCUUCAUUCAUCCAUGAUUUUGGUUUCUUUUGUCUCUCCGUUUCUUUUCUUUCUGUGUUAAUCGAAACAUUCCCAUCAUGCUGUGCGUGUGUUGAGCGUCACCUCUGUCGUGCUGUUGUUCAGUAUCUCAUGUGGCACGGCAUGGCCACUCAGAUCAGAGUAGGAGCAGUACUUCGCUAGAAACAGCAUGCCUGCCCUUACACUACCACUUCGUCCCCUCCUCCUCAACCCUGCACCAGCACCGCAGAUCGGAGAAAGGCAGCAUGCCAGCAGAGGGCCCUCCUCCCUCACCAGCCAGUCAUCACACAGCAGCUCAGGCUCAGGCUAGGAAACCUGGAGGCUGAGCUGAGACAAAUGACAGGGUAUCUACCCGCAAUUCAACAACAACACUCCAACUCUCCUUGCAGUCUCUGCCUUAAUACUAAUUCUGGGAGUGGGGAUGGACCUGCUGAUUGCUCUUCCAUCACUCUCUGCCGCACACAAGGGCUCCAACCGACAAAGUCUACGGUGGCUUGCUGUGGUGCUCCUCUGGGCCCCACCCAGACUCCUGCCGCGUCUCUUCUCCUCGGUCUCACAGGAGCAUCCUGGGGCUUUGCUGCGUGCGGUCUCCACGUGAAAGAGUGUGGCAUUCCCAUACCGUUCCUGUUUCAAGCGCAUAUUAUAAUUGUGAAUGUGAUUAUACAUAUAUAAACAUGUGUAUGCAUAUUAAUAUGUGUAUGCAUAUACAUAGUUUGUUUUAUUACUAAAUUGUAUGUAUUAACAUCUCUUUUAUUUCAUGCCGAAUGUGUUUUUAUUGUGACUUUUUAUAGGGUUUUUAAUCAGAUGAAUGACUCACUUUUCAGAAUCGUGCCGUUAGCUCAAAGUAACCAUGCAUUGUUGUCAGAACAUCCUUCUGAAUAGGGACAUGGUCUUCACUGAUGCACUUUUGCCCUAUAGCAUUUGAAUCGAAUAUCAAUGAAUAAAUGAAUGAAUGAAAUGGACUCUGUAUGCUACCUUUUGUACAAAUGUAAGGUGACCACUAUGUUAUUAUAGGAGGUGUAGAGUUCAGAACUACCACAAAAUAAAGGCAUUUACUGUAGCUAGUCAAAAUGCUUUUGAUACUAACCCUCUUGAAUUGAAUGAAUUUGAAAGUGAAUUGAAUUUGCAUAUGAGCAUAAUUGACAUGGUGAGUGAUUUGGACUUUAAUCAAAGAAGUUAAGUAGCUUUUAUGAGACUGACACAGCGUUUUACCCUUGGCAGGGUAUAAUAUUCGCUAUUAAAAACUUUCUGCGGUUAAUUUGAUGGUCCCACUUUGAAACGCUAAUACGAGCAGUGCUUUAGUUCUUAAUCAAUACUUAAAGCUGUGAAAGUGACAUUGUUAUCAUAUGAUAUGCUCAUCUUACUUGAACUGUACCUCUGAACUUCCUAAAGAACCCCAUGUUCGUACUUCCGUUGGAUGGCUUGAUUAAGACCGAUCUGCUUCGUUGAUUAAUGUGCACUAACAAAGAUCACGCAGAUCAAAUGGAACAGUGCAUGUUAUAUAAAUCCUGUGAUUUUUCGUUUAUCAUGUCAAUUCCAUUGCCUGCAUGAAUGCUCUCAUUUGAAUCAUCACUCCUCUCUUGUUGAACUGGUUAAUAGGUGUGUUAUCAGAAAGUGGGUGUUGGAAUCCUCCUUUUCGUUUCAGUGAAAUUCCCUUGAAUGGCUUUCAGAGCAUGAAGGUGUAUGCUUGACUCAACAUUUCUGGAGCUUACAGCAAAUAUGUAUUGACCCUACCCUACAAUAUCUAGUAAUACUGGUUACAUCCCUGAUGAACAUGUCAUUGUAGAUCUCUAAAUCAGGAGAAGCUCUCAUGGUGUAAGUAGUUGAUUUGAAUAUGAAGCACCUUAACCCAUUCAUUUCAGCAGUGUGUGUGUCUGGCUAUCCUUCAUUAGUAGGAUUUUGACAUGCUUGUCUCUAAUGGCCUAAAACAGUGCUGACCGUAAUCUUGGCACCUUGGUGCAAGUGGCCUUCAGUGGUGACAAAGUAUGAUGAUGGAUAAUGCUGUAGGUUUUUCACUAGCAACCUUAAGCAAAAGUUAUCUGAUUUAAAAAUGUGAUUUUCACUUUGGAUUAAAACUGUGAGCUAAAUCAUAUCCAUUAUGCUGUAAUUCUGGUCAUUAUGCAAAAAACUCCUAACAAUAUGCUUUAAGAUGAUUUCUAGUAUUCACGCAUAUCACGGCAAGGAGCAAAUUGUGUUAUCUACCAACCCAGCUGAGUUGGCAUGGUAGCAAAUUCAUUGAAUUGCAAAAAGUAGAUAUGAUAAUCUCACUGUUGACUCUUAUUUUAACACAUUGUAAUAAUCAAUGGCAGUACUUCUAUUUCUUCAUGUUGUUGUGCACAUCUCUUUACUUUUUAAUGUUGUCAAGUCACUUUGUGGGGGAAAAAAUCUGUUUUCUCUCAUUUGUUCUAAUAAAACAAACACAUGAACAUACCAAAUAA